AUGGCGUCUGGGGUCGAGGCCCUUGUGUUCCCCCAUGGCACGAGAGACGGGCGGCUGUGGCUGCUCGCAGUGUCGCUGUUUGGGGAAUUCAUACAAGGCGGGCUCAUGUUUGGCUGGCCCAGCUUGUCAGGGAUGCUGCAACAGUUGGGCAACUUUGAUGAAGGCUGCUCCGACCUGGCCGAAGGCGAGGUGUGCACGCCGCAGGAGAGCAGCCUACAGCUGCUGUGGACGCUGGGCAUCUUCACGCUCAACUGUGGGCCCGUGGUCAUGGGAUUUGUAUUGGAUUUCCUGGGGCCCAAGCUGACAGGCAUACUGGGGGUGGUCCUGAACAUGGCAGCGCUGGUGCUGUUUGGCGUGUCCUCCUCCGGUGGCGUCAAUGCCUUCAUCCCCGCGGCCAUCUUGCUUGGCCUGGGAAACAUCACCUUCCACUUGGCCCAGUUCCACAUAUCUGCCCUCUUUCCACGCAGCCGAGGCCUGGUGGCCUCUGUUUUUGUGGCAGGCUUCACUGGGUGUGGCAUCGUCAUGUAUCUGUUGAUGCUCAUCUUCGAGAACUCGGGUUCUUCACAGGCGGCUUACCGCACCAUUAUGCUAAGCUAUGCCGGCAUUUGCUCGCUGUGGAUCCCCCUGCUUGCGUGGAUGAUGCCCAACAACUCAUUUAGGGUGGGCAUGGUGUACCUCAUGCGAAAAGAUUGGACGUUUGAGGUUCGCCUGCGGACAGGUACCACGCGGCAGCAGCUGAAGAACAAGGGCGACGACGGCUCGUACGUGGACUUUGCCAACAUUGUCGUAGCGUUUGCUGUGCUGGGCAUCCCGGUCAUAGGCUGGUUGUUAGACAAGAAGGGGUAUGGCAUCACCCUGGGCACCAUCAACGGCCUCAAUGUCAUCAGCAGCAUUCUUCAGGCCAUCCCCAAUCUCCAGAUUCAAGUGCUCACUCUGAUCACGUGGAUGAUCAGCCGCUUCUUUAUGUACUCCAGCUAUUUUGCCAUUUUUGGCAAUUUGUUUGGGUUCAAGAACUUUGGCAAGCUGGUGGCGGCCGACAACAUAGUCAAUAGCCUUUUCGGGCUGCUGCAGUACCCACUGGCCUAUUUGGGGUUACACUAUGGGUUCACAUGGAUCAACGUAUCCCAGGCCAUUGUUCUGUUACCGCUGUUCUUCUUCGCUUUCUUCAUGUACCGCUGCGAAAAUUCAGAUUUGGUUCCCAUCCGGCCAUUUGAGGGGGAUGAGCUGGAAAUGCGCUACUAUUGAGGCAGUGCUAACAGCUCUGUUGUAGAUGUGUUGGCUUCAUCUGUGUCACAUUUCAUGUCACAAUUACAGUGCUA